AUGGAAGGUGUGAGAGAGAUUGAAGAUGAUAUUUCAUCAUCAUCGUCAUCUGUUGCAGAAUUAGUUACGGAUUUUCAAUCAAUUGGUAAAAAUUUAAUUCAAGAUCAUCAACAGUAUGAUGGGACAUCAGAUAAUUUUCUGAUGAGUUAUUCACUCUCAUUUAGGAAUGACAACACAACACAGGAUUUGGAGGCUAAUCUAAAUCCGAAACGAGAUGAAAAUGAAAAUAAUAAUAACACAAAGUGGACACCAACGGAUAGGCCAAUAGGAGCACAAAUAGGAUAUAAUCUUGAAGAUGAUGAAUAUUUAUUGGUUGAUGUUGGAGAUAAAGGUGAUUUAUAUACGAGUCAAACAUUUAUCAACUCUUCAGUAGUGACAACACCUAGACAUGUGGCUUAUCCAUCCGUAAUUCCAGAAAGUUCUGAAGUAUUUUUUGAUAUUCCACAUUACAGUACGGAUACAGUCAAGUUGGAUCUCGAUAUUUUGGGAAGUGGCUCGGAUAUUCAAAUAAGCUCUGUAAUUGAUAAUUCAAAGGAGUAUAAAAGUAUUGGAAGUUAUUUGUAUCCUACCAAUAGUACUACCCCAACAGUAGAUUUAGUUCCCCUUCUUCAGUCUCAAAUAGGAUUGGGAUAUGUAAAUAAUUUAUUACUGACAGAAGCUGAUGUGUUGGAUUAUUUGGGGAAGCAUACCUUUAGUAUGGAUCAUGAAUUUUACAUAAUGUGCUAUGAAUAUUAUCAAUCCUUUUCAGAGUUGACCAGACUGAGAUCUGAAAUGGACCACCUACUCACUGAACAAGAAAAUAUCGAAAGAAAUUUAUUUAUUUUAAAUGAACAACAGAUAAAAUCUCCCAUGUGUGAUUGUGGGGAUGGAUACCAAGUACAUGGUUAUGUAAAGGCACUCACUGCCACUUUGGAUCACAAGCAAAAGAGUAACCUGAUCAAAAAUCAAGAAAAUCUGAGGAAUCUCUAUCACGACAAGAUUGUAGAGGUAAACAUGUUGAACAGAUAUUUCCAUCUUAAAGUUUCCCGAUAUAUUGGAGAUAUUAUUCAAAACGAACCUCUAUUUAACAAUUAUCUGAGGUACGAGCUUUACACCUUGUCGGUAGAAGAUAUGAUGCACAAGCAGAAUUUAAGAGUAGAACAAGACAUUGCUGCGGUUGAUAGACUUAAAGUUGUCAUUCAAAUACUACUCUAUUUCGAGCAAGUAUCAUGUGAAAUUACAACUCUUCAUGUUCCUAAAGGAUUCUCUCCUGUUUCUGUAACCAUCAGUGGGGAAAAUAUAGAAAAUUUUAGGAAGGAAAUUAGGGAUUGGGCUUAUCUAUCAAUUGCCUCGCUAUUGAGGGUCUCAACAGUGGAAGAUAAUAGGUUUUUAAUCUUUGAAAUUCUUAAAUGCAAACAUAUUGGAAGUUGGGGGCAAACUUUCCUUCAAUUUCCAGGAGUAGAUUCUGAUCAAGCAAUUGAUACAUUUUUGGCAUUCCUUUCCCUCUUCUUAACACCAACAUUUAUAACUGAGAAUGAACUAGUUUUGUCAGAAGAAGAUUACUUGUCAUUGUGGACACAAGUUCCUCUUUUUGAAAGUAUGGAAUACAUACUUUCCAAGUGUACUGAGCAAUUUGGACUCAACCAAAGCAACUCUACCUUCUCCUCAUUUUCACAAGCCUUCUCCUUAAUUGAUACAGUGUUGUACAUUUUCUAUCAGGCUUUGAGCAAUUUCAACAAAUCUUCUAAUCACAAAUCAUUUACUAGAAUGCUCUCUCAGAAUAUGGCAAGGCUCGUUCAAAUGGCUUCCAACUCGCUUGCACAAAUAGAAGGGACAAGUCAAGAAGAUGUUGAAUAUCUGUUCAAUUCCUUCUAUGUAAAGUGUUUCAAAGGUUUACUUUCAUCCUCAUCGAGCUUGUGGUCCUUCCUUUCUGAGCUACCAUAUGAAAUUAUUUCAGAGCCUUGUGCAUGCUCGAUAUUUUGGAUUAUGUUUCGUGAUGAACCUGUGAUUGAUCUCAAAAUAACUUAUGAUAUUUUGAGAGAUUUUGAUUCAUGGCUCAAAUUGGUCACUGAAGAUAAGAGUUUGAGAAAUAAUUUUAUCACACUCUUCCAAAAACCAGAGUGUAGUUAUUUAUUUCCUGUAAUGUCAAGAUUGGGCUGUUCUCAUUCAUACGGUCUCGCUGCCAUUAUAGUUCACGAGCUAUUCUUGAUUGGUUUCAUUAAUGAAACUUCUAGAGAUACCUAUUUUAGAGAUGCUACAAAGAAUAUUGUUUCAAUAUGUGAGAUACAUCCCCGAUUGAUAUCAUUACUGCUUGCACUUGUUGUUAAAUACUUAAAGUUUGUAGGAAGGUAUUCCCUUACCAUGUUUAAACAACUUGAUUUAAAGACGUGGAAAUUAUCCAAAACAAAAGACUUACCGCUAUUGGAAGAGUUAAUUCUCAAACCACUCAACUCUACGGAACAUGAGCUUGCCAGAUUCAUCAUAGAUCAUUUGGCUUGGAAUGAUUCUACAAAAAACAAGAACUUGACAUUGGAUGUGCAGAAGGAUAUACUUUUAUUGAUGGCAAGAACAGUCUCAACACACAAGAAGGAUUCACAAUAUUCCUUCGUUAAAAAGGAUCCAUGGAUUGGUCUCGAGGAAUGGUGUUGGUCUGUUGCUCAGAGGGUUAAAAUCUAUGACUCUGUCCAAACACCACUCAUUCCUAUUGAGUCGAUUGAACAUCCCUCUCUCAAUGGACUUUUACAUACGAUUGAACUAUCUGUGAAAAGUGGCUCAAUAGAUGGAGUUAGUAUAUAUGCUGUUUUGGCCUUGAGUGAUGUAGGCAACAAUUUGGAAAAGUAUAAUGAAUAUUCAUCUGGUUGGUUUGAAGCUAUUGUUAACAACAAGACACAAGAAAGAGCAAUCAGACUAAUGUAUGAAAUCAGCAUGAGGUUUUGUGAACAAGUCAAGUCUCAAAGCUCAGGAGUUCGUACGCCAACAAACCUCACAUUCUAUCCUCACAUGGAUAGUAUUUUGUAUUUGGAUACCAAAUCUUCAUUCAUUUCUAGAUUGGUCAGCUCGAACAGAUAUAUUGGUGAUAAUACUCAAAGUCUUUCUACAUGCAUUUGCAAAGGUAUUCAGAGUUUACAUGCCUCUGAGAAAUUGAACAAGUUGAGAAGUUUUACUCUAUUUUGGGUAAAUGAAAUUACGAAAAUUUCUAAUUGGACCAAUAAUCCAUGCUGCCUCUUCCUUAUGAAUCAAAUUUCCAAAGUAAUAAUCCACUUGAAUAUGAUUAAUGUUACAGGUAUUUCAAAUAUCAUUUCAACUCUACCUGAAAUGGAUAUGUUUGCUCUCCAAUCUUCUGGAAUAUUUACCUCUUCAUCCACUGUAAUUACCACUUCUGCAUUCAAUAAGGACAUUAAUCCUCAGAUUCAAUAUCCAUAUUUUUCUUUUAUUUAUUUGAUUGGAUUGUCGUUAUCAGAGUUUCACAAACGUCAACAAGUUGCCAAUUCUCUUUUCGAAAUGAGAAAUACUUUCCCAACUGCUGUAAAAUCCUUUGAGGCAGUUAAAUUCUGUAUUUAUAGAGUAUUGGCAUAUUGUGUCAAGUUGACAGAGCAGCUAUUGGAUACCAGUCAAUCACCAACAGAUGUCACUAAUAUUCAUUCCAUUCUUCCAAUGUACUGGCAAUUAUUUUUCCACUUGUACUUUGAAAAGCAAUUCACUCCAAUGAAUACUGUAAGAUUUUUCGGCUAUCAAUUUCUUGAAAUACCAACAAAGGAAAAGAUUUUCACAUCAGUUCUCGACAGGUUAGAAUCUCUAAAGAAAUUCUACACAGAGACACAAAACACUAGUUUUACAACACGAGGAGAGUUGAUUGACUUGUACUAUGCAAUGAUAUUAUGGCUUAAAGGCACCAAAGAUAACUUUUUAUACUUUAUUGAUCAAAUAUCAUCAAUUAGCAAGUUUCAUCAACCUGCCAGAAUUGUUAGUUCAAUUAAUGAUGACAUUGCAAGAGAUACUACCAAGUUAUGGCAUGAUUUGAUUGAUAAUAUUAACAUACAGGAACUUAUUAGUAGUGAAGAAAAGAAUUAUAUUUCCUCUAUUUAUCCAACUUUUACUAGCCAAUCAAGCACUCUGUCAAUCAAAAGCCGAUCUUUAGUAUUUAAUAACCAAAAGAUUGAUAUAAUCUUUUUAAAGCAGAAGGAAAAGGAAAUAAUGAAGUAUUUACCAUCUGUUACCAUAACUCAGGAACCAUUCCCACGAGGAUUUAUUCUCAAUUUGAGUGAUUUGAAUGCUAUGAAAAUUACACAAUCCAUUGAUAUUUACCUCAAAGAAAAAGAAAUGCAAAGAAGAGCAGACGAGGAAUAUAUUUCCCUCAUACCUUAUCUCUAUUUUGAGGUAAAGAAGCAAGCCUCUCUUUCAGUUCCAUGCUAUAAGGAAUUUUUCUGUAAAAGACCAGCCAAUAUUUACUUCUCCUAUUCAGAAUCAGUUAAAAAUAAUAAUAAUGAAACUAGAAUGAAGGAAAAUAGAUCAUUGGUUAUGCGAAUUAUGGAUUCUAAAUAUGUUGAUCAUUCACUUUGCAAUUUAUUGUAUGAAUUGGAUGUAACUCUAAGAAAUGUCAACUCUCAAGGGUUGGGUAGCAAACUUUUCUAUGGUCUUUUGCAAAUUCACUUUGUUAUGUGUGAUAGGUUUGUUCCUUUCAGAAAGAUUAUGAAUCACAUCGUAUCACAAUUUGCUUCCACAUUUAUAAUGAAUCAACCAACUGAGAUGGAGAGUCUAUUGAUGAGUAUGGUUCAAAGUAAUGCCUUGAUAUCUUUACUUUCUCCAUUUUUUAAUCCUUUACUUUGUCCAGAGUCUUGGGAACGAUUCCUUGAAAUCAUUUUGAACAAGAAGAAGGAAAACCCUUCAAGUAUGUCCCUUCAGAUUUACAAAAACUUUGACAUCCAAAAGUGGUUGGCAUCGUUUUAUAAUAUUGAAAAUAUUAAAUCACUGAUGGCUCACUCAGUGAGAAAUCUCAGAAAUUGCAAGAUGAAUGAGGUAAUUGCAUUCUAUCUUACACUUAUACCUGCUUGCAUCAAUAGUUACCCUUCUAACUUGUUGGCAUUUACAUUCUCUCACAUGUAUUCGUGCAUGUUAGAGCUUCCAUACCAAUUAUUAGAAUCCUGCAAUGACACUAUGAGUUUUGAGAAUUUUGAUGAUUCAUUACUCUGUGAUUUUAUAGAAAUUACCAGAGAAUUCUUAUGGAACGUCAGAAAAAAGCACAACAACACUCUUUACAAUGCUUUGCCAAAGGAAUAUUUGAAGGAGAUUGUAAGGUUGUUGGAGAAAUUUGUUUGUUUUUCUCAUCUCAGCAAUAGUUUCCUCCAAGAAGGCCAAGUUUUUGAAAAAGUUUGCAGAGGAUAUGAAGCAUUCAUAUUGCCAGUUCCAGCCAAAACUAAUCUCUCAACAUCUGGAGAUGUGACAAUUCUUCCCUUCCUUGAUAAUCAAGCUUCUAUGGCAUCUUCAGUUCUGGCAAGUUUCGUCAGAUGCAAUAAGCGUCUCUUGGAAUCUAACAAGGGUAUUCUCAAUCAAGUUUGGAACAUUUAUUCACAACUUAUUUUCAAUAACAUUCUUGAUCCAGACUGUCUAAACAUGUAUCAUCAGGAAUUGAUGUAUCUGGAUUGGUCAAAUUGGACAACAAUUAAUUUUGAACAAAUUUCACAAAUGUGUGCCAUUUUAGAAGUCUCUCCACAGAGAACAACCAAGACAAUUUUGUCUGGUCACAGAAUAUUCGUCAAGAAUAUUAUCAAGGUCAUGUCUUGGAAGAUUAUUACAGAUAAUAUCGUAUUGUGUCAUUUGAGUAGUGAAGAUAUUAGUAAGGUCUAUUCGGAUAUUAUUUCCUUGAUGGUCUCCUCUAUUCUCAAGUCUACAACACCACAAGUGGAUGAAAGUUUGGCUGAAUGUGUUGAAAAACUUUUCAAUUUUAAUAUUGAAUGGAAUAGAAUUACUGUGGAACAUUUUUCAAAUAUUUUGAAACUCUAUAGCAAGCUUUUUAUUGAGGUUAAGAACUUUUCAUACAAUAUUCCAAAAAGAAACCUCGAUCUCUGCUUUUCAAUUCUUCAAAAUGUUUGUCAACCAAGAGAGUCAACAGCCAGCAAUAGCUACCCUUCAGCUAACCAAUACGAUGAUUAUCCAAAUGUAAAUCCAAACUAUCAAUCCAAUAAGCCACUCACUCUCUACUAUAUUGAUUUUAUUAUUAGUACUCUGGUUUAUAGUUUUUCCUCCAAGCAAACUAGUCCUUCAGUAGUGGAUAAUUAUCUAGCAGAGCAAAUUACACAACCUUUCGAUUGGAUUAUUGAUACAAUGGCUCAUUAUUAUGAUUACAACUCGUGCACAGAACAUUUUGUUCAAUUGCUAACUUUUACAGAUCGUAACUAUGCAGAAUUUGAUACUAUUUUCCAAUUUAUUAUUGAAAAGGCAUUCCAACACCCAAGCAAAUUGUCUAUUUGUUUGUUCUCAGCUGCUCAAUCGGUUAAAAAUUAUUUGAAAUCUACGAUAUUAAUGGAAUUUGCUCUUAGAUCUCAUAUUAGUCAACCUAAUGUUUCUUUCAAUUAUUUAACAUCUAUUCUAUGGUUGCCACCACAUGAAGCUCAAAGAAGACAGUUUGCAUCUGCAUGUAUUGAGAAAGGUUGCUCAUUGUUGUACUUUGUUCAAACUCUCAAAAGAAUACAAGAAGAGCAUGACACUCCACUGAUCAAGUGA